UGCUCGCUUGUUUCUGCCUGACCCGGAAGUACUCGUCCUCCCGGUAGCGGAGAAGGGAGACCCCAGGGCGCUUUGGCAGGCGGCAGCUGUGGGCCGUUGUCACCAUGCAGCGGCUGCUUGUGCCGUCCUUGAAGGCUUUGCUGGGGGGCCGGGGUCUCCCGCUGCUGGUUCCUAGGGCAGCGCCCGGAGCACAGUGUGGCUGCAGCUGUGGCAUCAGGCGCCCUUUGAAGCCAUGGCAAUACAGUACCAUCCCUGAAGUAGCUUUGCAGUCUGGAAGCCGUACAGUGUCCCUUCCCUCGAAGGCUGCUGAGCGAGUGGUGGGCCGAUGGCUCCUGGUCUGCAGUGGGACAGUGGCUGGAGCAGUUAUUCUCGGUGGAGUAACGAGGUUAACAGAGUCUGGCCUCUCAAUGGUAGACUGGCAUUUAAUAAAGGAAAUGAAGCCACCUACAAGCCAAGAAGAGUGGGAAGAAGAAUUCAAAAAAUACCAGCAAUUUCCUGAAUUUAAAAUCCUGAAUCAUAACAUGACAUUGGCAGAAUUCAAAUUCAUCUGGUACAUGGAGUACUCACAUCGGAUGUGGGGUCGCAUUGUAGGCCUUGUAUACAUCCUGCCUGCUGCCUACUUUUGGAGAAAGGGCUGGCUCAACCGUGGCAUGAAAGGACGUGUUCUUGCCCUCUGUGGCUUAGUCUGCUUCCAGGGUCUGUUGGGAUGGUAUAUGGUGAAAAGUGGAUUAGAAGAAAAACCUGACUCCUAUGACAUCCCUCGGGUUAGCCAGUACCGCCUCGCUGCCCACCUGGGCUCAGCCCUCGUUCUUUAUUGUGCCAGUCUGUGGACCUCACUGUCACUGCUGCUUCCUCAGCACAAGAUGCCUGAAACCCGCCAGCUCCUGUGGUUAAGACGCUUUGCUCAUGGAACAGCAGGUCUAGUGUUUCUCACAGCUCUCUCAGGAGCUUUUGUGGCAGGGCUGGAUGCUGGGCUUGUUUACAACUCCUUCCCCAAAAUGGGAGACUCCUGGAUCCCAGAGGACCUCUUCACCUUCUCCCCGGUGCUGAGGAACGUCUUUGAGAAUCCCACCAUGGUGCAGUUUGACCACCGUAUUCUGGGAAUCACUUCAGUCACUGCCAUUACCGUGCUCUACUUUCUCUCCCGGAGAAUACCCCUUCCCCGAAGGACCCGGAUGGCAGCAGUGACACUGCUGGCAUUGGCAUAUACACAGGUGGGCUUGGGCAUUUGCACUCUGCUGAUGUAUGUGCCGACUCCACUGGCUGCCACUCACCAGUCAGGUUCCUUGGCUCUGCUCAGCGGAGCCCUUUGGCUCAUGAAUGAACUCCGAAGAGUCCCAAAGUAAUUCACAGAGGAUCAGCGUCCUAGGACCAAAACUGACAGAUGUCUUUCAUCCACUGCAUCACUCCCCAGAUGCCAACAACAGGCAGGGCUGGGGCAGGCUAAAGUCAGAACCCAGAACUCAAUCCAUGUGGGUGGCAGGAACUGAGUACUUGAGACAUCACCUGCUGCCUCAUAGGAUGCACAUCAGCAGGAAGCUGGACUGGAAGUGGGGUAGCAGGACUUGAACCAGGCACUCUGAUGGGACGUGGGCAUCCCAGGUAGCAACUGAACCACUACACCACAUGCCCAUGCCAAAACUUAUUUUUUAAAUCAGUGAUUUGGAUUAAAACAUCAGAAACAUCAGAUUUGAAGAUGGAGAAGUCCAGCAUUGCUAAUAUAAUAGAUGACAGAGGCAAUUCAAAAUAGCUCCAAGUGCUCUUUGGCUCGUGAAGAUUCAUUUCCUAGGACUGAAACUGCUUUUGAGAGCUCACCAGAGAGUACAAGGACUUGAAAUUAAGUAGAUUAUAUGGAUUCAGUGUAUUCAUUUGAAUAAAGUAAUUUAUAGAAGUUUGGGUGAAGAGA